GACGUUCUGUCUUCGCUUUCCUCUUGCUUUUUCACCUCGUGUAUGCCUGAGAAUCAUAGCUGAAGAAUCCUCCUUUCUAGAGUAUUAACGAGUAAUGACGCUCUCCCCUCCCCCUGCACACAAAUUCGCCCCACCCCGUCUCUUUGUGCUUAUGGCUGUUUUGAAUUCCUUGAAUGCCUCCUGCUGCAGCGAAGGUAAUUCUGGUUAAACUCAAACCAGGGCUGAGCUGUAGACAGAACUGCGCACAAGCGUUCAUUCUCGGGCAAACCCAAAAAGCGCGCCGAGUCGCAGUACGACACAGCAAAAUGGAAGGUCUCGAAUAGUUCCUCCAUCUCUAUGGUGAAAUGGCUCCCGAGACUGUAUUCAUGGUCGCGGACGUGACGUCAUUAUACAGGGACACUCUUGAACGUCCCGCGUGGAGGAAGGUAUGUGUACGUUUGUGGAGAACCCCGAGAGAGUCCGAUAAUCUUUAUGGCUGAGAUGGGGCCGGGGAGUGCCGAGACUGAGCAGGCUGCGAAGUUUUUGCCACAUGGGAAUGCAGAAGGAGCUACUGUCUUGCCGGAAACACAACCUGGGAAGCCUCAAGGAACGACUUUGGCCAAGAAACGAAAGGAGGUGGAGGUGACCGUCGUUAUCCCCAAAGGGAAGCCUAAAUCAGGACGGGUGUGGAAGGAUCCCGGCAAGAAACGAUUUUCUCAUAUGAUUCAGGACAAGCCUUUGCAUACCUCUUGGGAACGCAAGAUGAAGGUACGUCAGGAGAAAAAAGCGGUCAAAGAUUUUGUCCGGCAGCUGGAGGAAGAAAAACAGAGAGAACGUGAGAAGAAAAAACAGCGACGAGAGGAGAACUUAAAACGACGACUGGAGAAUGAGAGGAAAGCAGAGAUCGUGCAAGUGAUUCGAAAUCCGCUGAAAUUGAAGCGUGCAAAGAAGAAGCAAUUGCGCCGUAUUGAGAAGCGAGACACGCUGGCUCUGUUACAGAAACACCAGGCACAGCGCAAAGCUUCCAAGGAUUGAGGGGAAAUUAUUUAUCACUAUAUGGAAAGAUAACUCCCUAGGACAUAUAAGUCAGGAUGCUGGCCCAAGUUCACAAGGCAGCUAGUGUACUGCUUGUUCUAUUUUGGCUUCUCUUGCAACUGAAGCUCAGAUCUUUACCGAGAAGACUACAUUGCAUUCAUGCACUCCUUUGCUGAAUUCUCUCUCUCUCUCUCUCUCUCUUAAUUUUUUUGGCAAUGGAGAAGCAAAAUGCCACCUACUGACUUCCUAGGAUCUUCUAAUACAAAGAACAGCAAAUGUAUCUGAAUUCAAGCAAAGCAAUGUAGAGUGUCUAUAGACUUACACUUAAGGUAUAUAUGAAAGAUCCUAAAUAACCUAGUGGUAAUUUGCAAAAGUGUUCUUCACAGGGAUAGAAUAAAAAGGGCAGUCUCUUGGAUUGGAAGUUCUGAAAUGUUUAGUUUAUCUGAUUUGAAAAUCGGCUGUGAUCUUUGGCUAUAGGGCAACAUGGUGUGGUGGACCUAACUGUACAACUUAGUACUGAGCUGGGUGUAUAAUUUCCAUUGCCUUUCCUAGCUGUGCUGGCUGUUUUAAAUGUGGGGCAUCGUGAGGGGUGGGGUGGGGUGGUCCAGACUUCUGUCUUAGCCACUUUCAGUAGCUAGAAACUUGAAGGUGUCAUUAACAAUAAUCAAAACUAGGUACUCAUCUACAUUUUUUUGCAUCAAUAGCUACAAAGAUCCAGUGUCAAAGGCUCCAGUCCAGCUCAUCUCUUUGAGUGUACAAAUGAGUACACAGUGGGUAUUUUUGCAAAGAACAACUAACUGUAUGGCAGUCUCAAGGAAGGUUUAAAAUUAACUUCUCUGAUACUCCUUGUUUUGCCACAAAUAAAAUCCUUGCUCUUUUCUGGAUUUAGGUCAGUAGAUUUAUUUGCACGUUGUGUAACAAAAUCCUGCCCUUGAUUGGUCAAAAUCAAGGCAGUGUUCACUCAGAGACCAACUAUUGUUCAAGAACUUGGCUAGCAGUAACAGUUUCACUGCUGUGGACAGAAGCAGAAUUACAGCAAGUUAAACUCCAUUCUGAGAAUAGUAUAUCAUUAGCAAAGGGCUAAUACAUUGUUCAGGAGAGCGUUAUGUCCUACAAAGCAAAGGCUGCUUGCAAGGCAUGAAAACACAGUCCUGCCAAAGCAGCACCAAGCAGGAUGGGAAUCAUAAUUGCACACACAUUCCCAUUCCUGCAUCACUUACUGCUUAUUGAGAGUAUUUAUGUUUGGAAGUGACUGUUCUUGACAGUAUAAGUAAUAUGUGCUGAAAUUUCAAAAGUCAGAGAAAUGUUUAGAUAAUGGUUAGGGCCGGCUUUAGCGUUCUUGUCUUUCCCCAGACUAACAAAAGUUAAGUCAAAUACAAAAUUAUAGAACAAAUUACACAAAACUAAAGAACUUUUUAAAAUUGAUUUGCACAGGUAUGGAAUUCUCUCUCUUUUUGGCUGCCUUUGGCACAAAAUUUGAAUUGUUUGGCUGCAGAAUUAAAUGCAAUUAUAAAGCAUACACUUCUGUGACUCAAGGGUGAAAAUGGAAGUGGAGAUCUUCAGAAUGCUGAAGUCUGCAACCUCUUUUCUAAACUUUAAAGGUAUUCAGAGUCCAUACAGAGCACAUGUCUAGAAAUAAUAUUUUCCCUUAGAACUCAUCACACAAACUCAUCCAUAUUUUGUAACGUUCCUUUUUUACUUCAAAAACUGAUUUCAUUUUCUUUUUUUCCUCUUGCACACACUUUCCCUUAAUCUUUAUUCAGGUAUUUAAACUUUUUUUAGUGUGGUUAUUCCAUCCAUUUUAUGUGAGUUAUGUAUAACAUGUAGUUGAUGUAACAUUGCAUAAAAAUGUCAACAAAUGAACUCAAAACUGAAAAUGGAUGAAAUGAAAAGGCAUACAGUGACAGUAUACAAAAACAUCCUUAUUAGUAGAAUGCCAGAUCUGAGUCAAAUGACAACAGUAGAGUGGGACCUCAGAAAUGCAAAAACAAACGAAGAGGGCAGGGCCUCAGGGUCAUUGACCUCUUGAUGAAGCUGAAAUGUCACCUGAAUUAGACAUGAAUGUGUUACCUUUCAUCAGUAAAUGAUUGCUUAGCUGAAUACCAUCCCAAGAAAAAAACAAGGCAUUAAGUUAACAGAGGAGGUCAAAGUCCUCCAACCUUCAGAAAAACUGAGCUUUGAUUUUGUAUAUGACAAGUUGGGACUAAUGACGAUUUCAUAAGGGGCAGCAGAUUAUGUGUGAGGGGGUUGGGGUUGGGCAGCCCUACUUCACUGCUAAGGGCAUAACCCCCCAAAUGCAAUCACUCAACAAGAAGCAACUUUGGAUCACAGCCAAAGGGAUCAGCUAGGGAGGGAAAUGUAUUUCCCCAAAAUCUAAUUCUGCCUCCCCUUGUGAUCAUUUCAAAGUAAAGCCGCAAGCCUUCUUCACCAUCGAACAGCUUCUUCCGCAGGGAACUGACAGAAGCUCUCCAACAACCUGCUGCCUAUUAAGCAAGAGAAUCAGCAUGCAGAAGCUUGCUUUUGCAUCAAGAUCCCUUACUAUGUUAAGGGUGUCUAUGUUAAAAAUAAUCGUAAAUAUGCUUACUUCAGCAGCUUAUAUACUAUUUUAUUAUUUAUGUGUUUAAUCCUUUUAUCCCUGAUUGGGAGCCGAAGCUGUUUUGGCCCAAUUCAGAGAUUGGCAAAAAGUAACCAUACAACGUUUGUGUCUCAGGAGUUAUUUAGCUCAAAAUAGGAACUGAUGAGAACAAGAAUGGAUCUGAACAAAUAAGCAGUCUUUCCCAAAUGGAUGUCCUCUCUUACCCAGUUGGGUUCAUGUAACACACCCAUGUAAAUGUUAUUUCACUGAAAAGGUUGAAUACCCUUUGUAGCCUACUAGCUGUAAAACUGCAUGCUGUUUGCAAAUAAAGCCUCAACAAAUCAAGGAGGGCCAAACUAGAAAGAAGUGAAAGACUGUCUCUCAAGGGUUAGAUCUGAGUCCAGUAGUACCUUAAGAGACCAAUAAGAUUUUAACAGUCAAAGCUCCCUUUGUCUGAUAUCUGACAGAAGGAGCUUUAAGUCUUUAAAAGCUCGUAUCCCACAGAUCUUGUUGAUCUGUAAGGCACUACUGGACUCCCACCAUACAAUUUUUUUUAAAAAUCACACCCAUGAACUGGGGGAGAUUUUCUGCAAACCUGAGGAAAACAAUUGCCUUUGCAUCUGUAGUGGCUGCCCAUUUUGAAGCAGCUGACAUCAUCUUUGAAGAUGCUUGGUUUGGUAUCUUCCAACAUUCCCUGUAACCUUAACAUUUCAUGAUUGGCCUUGCUUCCUAUGGUAGCCAUUGUAUAUUAGUUAGAUCCAGUGGUAGGAUUUAAAUAAUUUAACCAGUUCUGGUGGUGGGAUUCAUAUAAUUUAACAACUGGUUGUUUACAAGCACCAUUUUAACAACUGGUUCUGCCAAAGUGGUGCGAACCUGCUGAAUCCCACCACUGGUUAGAUCCUCCCAUGCUAAGUAGCAUAUAGGGCAACAAGUGCUCUCCAGCAUUUCUUGUCUUAGGUGAAUGUUUCAGCCUCUUCCCAUUCAGUGCUUUCAGGUCUUGCUAAAAUGUUCUCCUCCAGAUGUUUUGGGGGUGUCCUCGCUGUCGUUUGGCAUCAGGAGGAAUCCACCUCGUUGCCAUCUUUGGGAUCCAAUCGUUCUCCAUGCAAAGGACGUGGCCAGCCAGUCAAAGUCUUCUGUGUGCAACAAUGGUAUGGAGUUUGCGCAUGCCACUCCUUCAGAGCAUCUCUUCGUUAGUGAUGUGGUCAUAAUAUCAGAUCUUCAGGAUUCGGUGUAGGCACUUCUGUUGGAAGACAUCGAGCCUAUUUUUGAUACUUGUAGAUGCUUUCCAGGUCUCGCUAGCAUAAAUGUAUAUUGUAUAUUGGUUCUCAAAAUUCCAAAAGGGAUCGCAGGCUAAACAGAGUUGGGGAUCCAUGCUUUAAGACUAAAGGUCUUGAAAGCAGGGUACUUGAAGGAUGACUUCUCACGCCAUACAGCUUGCUGGCUUAGACCCUCUUCCCAAGCUCUGCUCUCUCCCCUUGCCUGCUGACGUGAGGCAGAUCACAAUUAGAGUCAGGGAUUUUUCAGUGGCACUAUCACAUCUUUGGAAUGCACUCCCCCUUCAGUCUCACCUGGCAUCACCUUCGCUGUCAUUUACACUAGGCCAAAAUGCUUAUGUAUACCAGCUUUUUCACUGAGGAGCUUCAUUUUUUUGCUGCUAUUGUUAUGGCUUGUGUCUAGCUGGAAGGUUGUUUUGUAGGUAAUAUUUUAGUUUGCUGAGUAUUAUUUUAUAUCCCUAACAUACUUCUUACUUGUUUGCUGGUUUUAAUAUUUAUAUUUUUAAAAACUUCAGAGUUGUAUUGUUUUUACCUUGUGAAAUACCUUAUGUAGAUUGCUGGAUAAUUAAAUAAAAUCAUGUAUGUGUUUGCCUCUGA